AUGGCUCUGCAGCCUUACCGGGAAGAAGAUUUAAAUUUUUUCAAAUUCGCGUCUCUUGUGUUGAAUGAAUUUCCAAACGCCCUGAGACAGACAUUUAAAGCCAUGUGGGACAACACCUAUGGACAUCGCGCUGGCUUCCAGCUCUGGGAUGAUUCCACUGCCGUGAGAAAUAUGUUUUCCGCUACAGAAGGUGGCAGAACCAAAGUUCCUGUCCAUCAGUCAUAUCACGAAUGGGAUUGCACUGCGUUGUUCCAGGCCACCAUCUACUCGCGAGUCUUCACCUCACAUCACGGGACGCUAAAUGACGUGUAUGUUAAGCCUCGUGGACUAUCAUAUGGCCAUUUUCAUCCGUCCGUAGUGAGCACAACUGGAAACAAUGCGGAAACCUGUGCAUUAGCGAUUGAUCAGUUACGCCUUUUGAGGAAUUCCGUUUGCCACUCAACAAGUUCUGAGAUAAAAAAAGUAACCUUUGACCAGCAGGUGAAACACGCCAAAGACGCAUUCCAAGCGCUGGGUGUCUCGACGGCUCCAAUUGAUGCUGUUGGUAGUUUAUUAGAGUCAGACUUUCCCACAAGUAAAGUCCGUAAACUUGAGCAGGCUAUCAAUGAAGAGAAUAAAUCGUACAUAAAAUUUCUUGAGGGUGUGAAUUCAGACGUUGCAGAGUUGAAGAAGAAAGUGGAAAGCGAUAUUGCUAGCAAAGAAGACAUCGCCAUGUUGGCACGAAAAAUAGAUGAACUCAGAGCUGUGCAAGACGUCAGUGAUAACAAAGAAGACAUCACUAUGUCGGAGCGGAAAGAAGGUGAGUUAAAAGGCUAGUGGAAAAAAUGCGCAACUCCUUUAACAAAGCUUAUCAAGCUAAUCUCCCCAGGUGAAAAUGUAACUGAAAUCCUAAGCAAAAUAUUUUCACCACCUCCAAAACUGUAAAUAUGAUUGUAUUGGACUUGAAAGAAAUACCGGCACCUCUUAUCGGCUCUUGCCAAGUCAGGAGAGUAAUUUACAGAUUUCACUAGAUACAAAGCCGUGCAGCGAGGGUCUUAAUCGAGGCCGGAGAAAUAGCUCGUGAGUCAUUUGUUUGAGAUUCCCAGCGGUAGCUUUUGUCCGCUGCUUAUUACUACUUUGCACACCGAGUUACCGGCUAUAUCUGCGCUAUACAUAGUCAGCCUCAGUAAGGUUAAUUACUUUUUUUUAUGCAUCAAUAACAUUGUUGCUAUAAUGGCAGUUCCAUAAAAGAUGAAAAAUCCCAAAACAGAAAUGAAGGGUAUGAAUCCCAAACUCAGUACCAGAAAGCCCCGACACUCCAGGGGCCAGUUUACCUUCCUCCAAUUCCACCCAUGAUGAUCAAAUAGCUCCUUUUUCCUGUACACUCGUAUCGAAUGACACAACUAAAAAAUAUGCUCUCAUUACCCAAACCAAAGAUCUGAUAUUCAGUUGCCUUUUUCUCUUUUAAGAUAUCCCAAUAUCACUACCCCAAUCAAAGUUAAAGGGUGGCAAUCGUUUUGCAGAGAACCAAUCUUGUGAAGAUGAAAAAAUUAACAAAAUUGGAAUUGACCAAUCAGCUCUUCAGGCUCACCAGCGUGCCCUCCACAUACGUAUUAAACUGUUUGGAGAAGAACACCAAAGUACGGCUGACUGUUACAACGAACUGGGGAUAACACAGCAUAAGAUGGGUGAUUUCAAAGCAGCUCUGGAGUCAAAACAGCGUGAGCUGGACAUACGUAUUAAACUGUUUGGAGAAGAACACCAAAGUACUGCUCUCUCUUACUACUCCCUGGGGAUGACACAACGUGAACUAGGUGAUUUCAAAGCAGCUCUUCAAUCUUACCAGCGUGCGCUGGACAUACGUAUUAAACUGCUUGGAGAAGAGCACCAAAGUGUGGCUAGCUAUUACUACGAACUGGGGAUAACACAGCAUAAGAUGGGGGAUUUCAAAGCAGCUCUGCAGUCAAAACAGCGUGCGCUGGACAUACGUAUUAAACUGUUUGGCGAAGAGCACGAAAGUACUGCUCUCUCUUACUACUCCCUGGGAAUAACACAGAGUGAACUAGGUGAUUUUAAAGCAGCUCUUCAAUCUUACCAGCGUGCGCUGGACAUACGUAUUAAACUGCUUGGAGAAGAACAUCAAAGUGUGGCUAGCUAUUACUACGAACUGGGGAUAACACAGCAUAAGAUGGGUGAUUUCAAAGCAGCUCUGCAGUCAAAACAGCGUGAGCUGGACAUACGUAUUAAACUGUUUGGAGAAGAACACCAAAGUACUGCUCUCUCUUACUACUCCCUGGGGAUGACACAACGUGAACUAGGUGAUUUCAAAGCAGCUCUUCAAUCUUACCAGCGUGCGCUGGACAUACGUAUUAAACUGCUUGGAGAAGAGCACCAAAGUGUGGCUAGCUAUUACUACGAACUGGGGAUAACACAGCAUAAGAUGGGUGAUUUCAAAGCAGCUCUGCAGUCAAAACAGCGUGCGCUGGACAUACGUAUUAAACUGUUUGGCGAAGAGCACGAAAGUACUGCUCUCUCUUACUACUCCCUGGGAAUAACACAGAGUGAACUAGGUGAUUUUAAAGCAGCUCUUUAAUCUUACCAGCGUGCGCUGGACAUAUGUAUUAAACUGCUUGGAGAAGAACAUCAAAGUGUGGCUAGCUAUUACUACGAACUGGGGAUAACACAGCAUAAGAUGGGUGAUUUCAAAGCAGCUCUCCACUGUUUGGAGAAGAAUAUUGGAAGAACACCAAAGUACUGCUGACUGUUACUCCUUACUGGGGAUAACACAGCAUGAACUAGGUGAUUUCAAAACAGCUCUGCAGUCAAAACAGCGUGUGCUGGACAUACGUAUUAAACUUUUUGGAGAAGAACAUCAAAGUACUGCUGUCUCUUACUUCUCCCUGGGGAUAACACAACAUGAACUAGGUGAUUUGAAAGCAUCUGUUCAAAAUCAUCAGCCUGCCCUGGGCAUACGUAUUAAACUCUUUGGAAUAGAUCAUAAAAGCACUGCUGCCAGUGUCCGGGAAGUGGAGAAAACACAGCGCGCAUUGAAUGGCUUGAAAGGAGGACAUAAGUGGUCUUAG